AUGGUGGGAAAAAUUUCCCACNCGGUGCUAGGGCUCGUCUGCUUCAGGGUUAAGACCACGGUGCUAGGGCUCGUCUGCUUCAGGGUUAAGGUGGUGCGUGACGAAAACGCGUUCAACAAGCGUCUGCUGCAGCGCCUUAACAAAGACGGCGACAUCCAUCUGGUCGCUUCAGAGGCACGAGGCGUAUAUUUUCUCAGGGUGGCGGUUUGCUCCCGCUUCACGGAGUCUGAAGACAUGGAGUUUGCCUGGCGAACUAUCGAGCGCAUCACCUCUGUGAUGCUAGCAGAGGAACAGCGUUCCGAGUAAGAAGAGGUCAUCGAGUACAAGUCUCUGACAACGCAGUCCCUCAACAGUCCCUAAACACAGUCCCUCAACACAGUUCCUCAACACAGUUCCUCAACACAGUCCCUCAACACACUUCCUCAACACAGUCCCUCAACACACUUCCUCAACACAGUCCCUCAACACAGUCCGUCAACACAGUCCCUCAACGCACUUCCUCAACACAGUCCCCAACACAGUCCCUCAACAAAAUGGUGCGGCACCAGCAGAAAAAGAGUCGAAGAGAACAAAACAGGACACAGAGUAGCCAGCAAGAGAAAAUAGAAAUGGGAAGAGUAUUUGGAGAUGAACAAGGCAAAUAGAACAUAAUUGGGUUGGU